AUGACGCUCUCACUAAACAACUUCUGUCGCGCGUUUCCUUCGCUUCAAAACAAUUCGACGAGCACGUCUUUCAGCAGCAGUGCUUCUUCUUUUUCUGACUCGAGAGGAGGGUUCAUCGUCAGAGCGAGUCUUGGGACGAAGAAGAAGAAGAAGAAUCAUCUCGUUGCACAUUUCCACCGGGAAAAAACCCAUCGUCAACAAAGUCAUCACCAUCGUCGUCGUCGUCGCGGAGUCGGUGUCGCCGCUGAGCAACAAGAGAAUAACAAUGAAAAGAAUUUCCAAACUGGCGAAAGAUUGGACGAAAAAGUGUCCUUGUUCGGCAUCACGCACACGCAAAAGGAGUACGAAGCGGCGGAAUAUAUCAUGAAAUCGAAACCGAAGUUCGUGGUGUGCGAAACCGCCGUCUCGGCGGGCCACGGCGAGCAACACGGGAACAUGGUCACGUUCGAGCAAGGCGUGCAACAGAUGAUGAUAGAUCCGACGUUGGACGAAGCGUUAACGUUUGUGACUCGAUUGGCCGGGGAGAUGAAAUCAGAAGUGGAUAAGGACGCGUUGGUGGGAGAUUUUUGGAUGUCCAUGCGAGAACAGUUGCCGGCGGAACCGCUGGUAUACGCCGCGGCGAUGUACGUGGACGCGAAGAUUGUCUUUGCGGAUAGACCGAAAAGAAGCACGUACGGGAGGUUAGUCACUGAACCAACGUUAGAGGAGUUGGACGAGGCGUUUAGCAAACAGUCGGAGAGAAAUUAUAGGUUGUUGUUGCCGGAAAGUGAUAAGCUGAGACAGGAGUGCGAUUCGAUUAUAACCGAGAACGACGCGUUCCAAAAGUACAUCAUCGACGAACGCGAUCAAAUCAUGACCUCGUGCAUUCGUAAGUGCGUGUCUAGUGAGGACGGACAGAGCGCGAAUUCUGUGGUUGUCGUGGUCGGUGCGGAUCAUUUCGAAGGGAUUAAAAAGUGUUAUAAAGACGUGUUUGGUGCGAGCGAGGUGGAAGCGAAAGUGCCGGAACUGUUGGAAUGUAAAGACGUGUCCUCUGUAGAUAGUCCAGGUUUAAGAUUAGCCAUCGCGUUACGAAUGCUCGGUUUGCGAUGCUCGCCAGAUUUAAUAGACGAUAUCAUGCGUUCUUUAGAGAAAGACGUCGCGGGAUUAGACAACGCGGAAAAGGAAAAGUUUGAAUUGAAUUCGGAGGCGUUUGGGUCGACUCGCAUGUUGUUGGCGUUGGUGGACGACCGCGAAGUGUUCGACGCCACGGUCGCCGGCCUGGGUAAGAGCGACUUUUGGGAAAAGUUGGCAAAAUUCCGAAACAUGCGACCGAAAUACGGCGGAAGUGGUAUGGAUGAAGCGAACAUUAACGAGCUGCGUUUAGCGAGCAUGGUUGGUUUCUAA